UCAACAUGACUGAGAUGUGUCCUGUACAAGUUUUCCWCAGAGUAAAUUGUUUCUUGGAAAAGUGAGGAGUGCCGUGACCCGGUUGUUACUUCCGUAUUACUUCCGUAUUGAAUGAAGGGAAAAAAACAAAAGUAGCUAAGAAGCAAAGCGACGAGGACUUAUCCCGUUACAUACUUUUUUUAUUCGUUUUUCCUCGGCCAGGAGUGUAUCACACAUUGAAACAAAGCUAAGAUCUAUUUUGGGCUGAAACAUAAACCUUUGGAGUCAUGGCUGACGGCCGAGAAGAGGAGAGAAGAGAGCAAGAACCRCGGGGCGCCGAGGGAGGAGAAGAUGUCACUGAGGAUCCCAUAUUGGAUCAAGGAGAAGUGGUGUUCAGAGGGUACGUUAUUGAGCGUAUAGCCACAGAGGACCCCAGUGUACACGUCUCCUCUGAGGAUCUGGGAGGSCACUCGGGUGAACAAGAGGACCAACAAAUUAAAGAGGUGGUGCAGCAGUUGCUUAAAAUAGCUGAUGAACUGAACAGUAAUGCGGAGUUUGAGAGACUAAUUAAUCAGGUUCAGACCAACUGUGCAAAGGAAGUCUUCAUGAUGGUGACCAGGAGCAUCUUUAUUGAUGGCAUCAACUGGGGUCGAGUGGUGGCUCUCUUCCAUCUUGGCUACAGACUUAUUUACAGGGCUCUGACCACCAACCAUAUGGAGAACAUCAGAAUGGUCAUCAGCUGGGUUCUUCAGGUCAUCAGGGAGCAGCUUUAUCCCUGGCUAGUACAGCAGGGAGGCUGGGUGGGGGUAAUUCAGAAUUUUUCCCGAUGGAGGAAUGUAGCCAUUGCAGCGUCUGUAGUUUUGGUGGUAACCUUUGUUUACUACAGGAAGACACACUGACACCACCAGGCUUCAUAAAGACUGAUGGGUUUCUGGAUCCAUGCAGUCUACAGAUACAAACAGUUUCUUGGACAACAAUUUCAAUCAUCCCUCAACCUCCGUCACAGUCUGACAAGAAGGAGAACAGACGCUGCACUCGGAAGAGUAAAUCUUCUCUCUUCUCAGGUUUUCAAGAAUCAAAAGGUGCUUUUGCAACCAGUUUUUCUCUUAUCGUCUCAGUCUGCCUUCACCAGCAGGGAAUCAGUGUCUUCCAUAGAUUUAGUUUUGUUCUGCAGGACCACGUAGCUGCCUUAUAAGAAGCUGUUCUUAGCAGGUGAUGGUGUUUCUGCUCAUGCUGCAAGUCACCAAACAAACAGAAGGACUCCAGCUGACGAGAUGCACAUCAGAAUCACACACCAGUUCAGUGAAACCUGGUGGGUCUCAAUAAUACUUGAGUAAAUUAAAAAUAUAUAUUCUUAGGGGAAUCAGGAUUCUGAAAAUGAGUGACUCCAAUGUGUCUUUGCUUCAUGUUCGCUCGUGCUUGAAACCGUAUUUUGUACAAGAAGUUGGCCAUUUUAUGUUUUCUUUUUGUUCUGCAGGACUGCACUAUUGCAGUUUAAAAUGGCUGAUUUCCUUUUUUUGGGAGUUUUAAAAUGAAACAAAGCCCAACAUUCCAUACUAUAAAUAUCAUUUUGGGUGAGAAAAAAAUAGAACUGAGUAAAAUUUUCUCAGUAUAAUCUUAUAAUGACC